UAUCGCAUCUUAUUGCACAAUCGCCCCAGCAACAUCAGUAGCGCUUUUGAAGUACCUGCCUUUUCUUCUUGUUUUUUUAAAUAAUCGAAUUUGCAUAGCUUUAUUACAUGAUGGCUCAACGAAAGAUAGAUGACAUUUACCAAAAUUACCGAAAUUACGAAAGAAAGAUCACGUUUUAUCCCAAUAAUUCAGAAUUCGUCCGUCGUUGGUGCAGCUUCGCCUAAGUUACUGAAACAGAUGUUCACCUUCACCUUCACCUUCACGCGUUCACGAUUUACAUGUGGUAUUGGGAGUACCAUAAACGACCAACCUUAUGCCGGACUCUACUCUCCCCCCCGAAAGAGAAUCGUACACUUGUGGGAUUUGUGGCAAGAAUUUUGAUCGAAGUAGGUAUUUUCUGGUUAAUGGAAUAGCUUUCCUCAGAUGGGCUGCCCAUCACAUCUCACUUACUCCUCAUAGGAGAUCUACGGAAUCGACAUAAGCGCCGAUGUAUUCGUUCAAUCUCGAACCCGCGAAAGUCGAAACAGAAAUCUUGUUGCUCUUGCGCAACUUCUAAGCUGAGUUGUGAUAUGAGGCUUCCAUCUUGCUCUCGGUGUACCAUUCGAAAAAUAAGCUGCGAAUAUGCUUCCACGACUGGUAAGCGGGAAGAGAAGAAACCUGCCGGCGAUUUGGAGAACCUUUCAGAUGCAAGUGACCAAACAACUUCAGCUCUCGAGAACUCUUCCGCAAAGGAAAAAGACGUCCAAAAUCAAGCGUAUUCGAGUCUGCAUACCCAUCUUCCCGUUGACGAUGCCCGGGCGGCCACAAUUAUGUCGUUGUCAUGUGAUCGAACUGCUGAAAAUACGGCGACAUCUAGCCUACGGCCGCCAUACAGCAAGUUGAGCGAGUCUCCUAGGCGAGAUGAAAGUAUGAAUAGCAGUGCAGCUCAAUCAUCAGAUAUAUCGUCUGGUCACAUCAUGGAGAAAGAGUUAACCAGAACACGGGUCAAUAUCGAGAAUUUUCAGCAUUUCUUGGAUUCUGAUCCGGUUUUAGAAGUAGCUCUGGCGGAGACAAGUACCAUGGCUCUCUCUCCAGGGUAUCAACUUUCAAGUGCUCAAUCUCUGUUUCAAAUCAAUGACACGACUGCUUUAUUGGAAGGAUUUAAUAGCCAAUGGCUGAAUUCGAAUGUGGCGAACUUUCAGUCCACGAGUGAACAUGAUUGGGGCAAUUCCGUGACAAACUUGUCCAUCGAACCAUCACGCGAUUUCGGUUUUAAUCUUAUGGGAUCUUUUGGUAUACCGGGAAGCCAUACUACUUCGAAUGCGUUUCAAAAGAUAGCUACGGAAUGUCCUGGAUCAAGUUUUGACACUCCAGCCUGGAAGCCGCCACUUCGGCCUGAAACGCUUGAAUAUGCGGAUAGAGUAUCUGAAGAUGAACCGUCGUUAGUCGUCCUCAACGGGCCUUCAAGAAUCACUCCCGUCGUUCCUAUUAAUAUCGGCAAAGAUGCCCAAGAUCGGGAUCUGGAAGUUUCUACAUUGGAUCAAGGAAGUGAAUUCACAUCAUAUCCUGUUAAUGGCAUAUCUUACCAGAUGAAUUCAAAUAAAGAUCUGGCUAAGAUGCUUUUGGAAUUCCCUCAAAUGAUGGCUCGACCUGGUGGGAAAUACCCACCAUUCGUACACCACAGGCUCUAUCGUUGCGAAGAAGGGGAUGUGCUGAAGCCAUUAGCUAUUGCAUUUUGUUUUGUGGCCGCCUUGAAUGCGGCAUUUCCAAGUGGCAAAGGUUUUGUUCAUUCUUUGAUGAAUGCUGAAAGGGAUCAGCUUUUGAAAGGAUUCCGCCUGUUGAGGGAGUCUGAGCUUGAAAUGAUAGCUACUGUGCAUGCCAUCUGCGUCUAUCAGAUUAUGGGGUUUUUUGAUGACUCGAGCCCGGAUUCCGCUCGUUUUGCCGAAUUGCAACAACCCUUCUUCCUUAGGAUGGCCCGCCGAUUUGUUGCUUCAUAUAUGCCACAACUACGCUCAUCUUAUGAUGAUAGCGACUACUCCGAACCAGUUUGGGAGAAGUGGAUUUCUACAGAGACAGUGCGACGAACUUUCUUCCUUAUUCACAUUAUCAAUGUCAUCGCUUGCCGAACCGAGAAACAAAACCCAUACUUUUAUGAGGAGCUUGACGACGACCUCGUUAUGGACCUUCCGUUGCCAGCCCCAGAGAAGAUCUGGAAGGCAAAUUCUGCGGCGGAGUGGAAAUCAGCUCUUGAGGAAGAACUCCAAGGUGGUUGGCAAGCAAAUAGAACAGCGAGUAUGAACUUCAGCGGAAAUGGAUGGAAAGAAAGUACUGUCAAUGGCAGCGAAUGGGAUCUCAGCGGUGAUGGCAUGUUAUCGGGUGCUACCAGAACGAGUUUCUAUGAGAUCCACCUGACAAAUUCGCAUGAAUUCACAAGGCUUUUGAUGCACUGUAUUGACCGAAGGAGAUGAGGGUAAUAUCUGUCGAUUUUGACCCAGCUAUUUAAACAGAGAAUAUGAACACAGACGAGAUCCUGUACAAUGUCAGUGAAAUUAGAAUAACGAGAAACUGUGGAGACUGUUCCUAGUACCUGUCAGUGAAGAUACCCUAGUUACUUAUUUCGAAGAG